AUGGAUCUGCCACCCAAUUCGGAUGUCCCGGGCAAUGCAGAGACUCCGAUGGUGAAUCGUCCAGAUGGUUCUCCAGAGCCCGAGUCACCAAACCAAUCAUCUGAAUCAUCCCCUCCAAUUCCUCAACCCGCCCCAAUCCUACCCUCAGAAGAACUGGAACAUGCAUAUUGGGCAGAGUAUGAGGAAGACACGACAACUCCAGAUGAGGAUGAGAUGAAAGAGAUAGAUGGCGGCGACUCCGACUAUAGCGCUGGUGACCAUAAAUACUGGGAAACCAACUUCUUCCGCGACUUGGGAGAUCCCGAAUACAUUCCCACGGAGAAGGCCCGUCUCACGUGGACGUUCAAGGGUGUUCGAGGCACUCCCGAGAAGCCCAAUCGUGCCAAAGUCGUUCGCUCUCCACCAGCGUUUGUUGGGGGAUAUUGGUGGCGAAUCAAGUUCUAUCCUAGGGGAAACAAUGUUAAUGCCCUGAGUGUCUACCUGGAAUGCUCCACCACGAUGCCCACUCCAGAUGACAAGCUUCCCGAGAUGGAGUUCACUGUCCGCCGUGGUGAGCCUGAUACCUCACUAGAUGACAGCACCCCCGAUAUACAUAUCAAGACCACAGCCACAGAGGAUACGGCAGCAUGGCUAGAAAAUUACAAAGCUCAAUAUGCUGCGGCCAGGAACGCCCCCCAAUCUGACAAUAACAGAACCUCAAGCUCCUGGCGUGUGCCCGCACAGGUAGGUGUCAUUGUGUACAAUCCACAAGAGCCACGUACAGGGUGGAUGCAGUCUUCUUGUCAUCAAUUCAAUCCUCACAAUUUGGAUUGGGGAUGGACCUAUUUCCAUGGCCCAUGGGAUCAAAUUCAUUCCCGUCGGCGUGGUCAACAUCGCGCCCUUUUAAACGACGAUACACUAUCAUUCGAUGCAUAUAUCCGUGUCGUCAACGACCCAACCAAAUCCCUUUGGUGGCACCCAAGUGACUCCGAACCAACCUGGGACAGCAUGGCCUUGACCGGCUACCGACCUCUGGGUGACUCUGUCAUCAACCAUAGCCCAGAGGUAGCUGGAUUAGCAUCGUGGCUGCACAUUGCGCCAUUCUGCAAGAUCAUUCAAAGUAUCGAUGUACUUGAACAUCUCACCAAUGCCGAUGCUCGGCCUAAGCCUCUAUGCGAUGCUCUGCAAAAGCUUUUGUGGCAACUUCGUCGCCAAACACUUUCGCCAAGCUAUGUCGAUACUGAUACCGUGACCACCACUUUGCGUAAUCUGCACGAGUUUUCAAAUGAUGUGUCCGAAUUUUGGGAGCGCUUACGUCGUACCUUGGAGCUCGAGCUGGAUGGGUCGGAGGCUGGCAAGCAAUUCACCAAAUUGUUUGACAGCCCGGCAGUUCAUGCUCCCACUACCGAUGGCGAAAUCACCGUAAACAUGCUACCGACUGACUUCAAUUCGCGUCUUUACGUGCCAAUUGAUCUAGCCAAAUCUAUCUCUGAAGCUGUCGGUGGAUACUUGAGUGCUAAGCCCGGCCGCUGGUCUCUUCCGCCGCUUCUUCAUGUUGAUAUUGGCCGUCAUGCCCUGGACAAGGCCAAGCGCUGGCAGCUGCGGUAUGACAAGAUCGAGCUAGACGAGGAGUUGGAUCUGGCACCGUGGGUGGUUGAUGGUCAGGGUAGCAAGUAUGUCCUUUAUGGCUACAUUGUUCAUCGCGGCCGCCGCACCUCAGGCAAGUUCUUCAGUAUUCUUCGCCCAGCGGGCCCGGGCACCACGUGGUUGGCUUUCGAUGAUGGCAGCGACAACCGUGUGGAGUGUCUGACACAGAAAACAGCCAUGGGUCCCCACCUUGGCAUCGAUUCUUCCCAGACCAUAGAUCACAAGAAAGGCCAUGAUGUGCCCGUUAUGGCCAUGUAUGUCCGUCACGAUGUGGUUUCAGAGUUUCUGCCAGGUCCCCAGGGGCCUUGGGAGGUCCCUGAGCCAUUGAAGCAAUACUAUGAAACGGGCGUGUAUCAUACUGGUGAUAAGCCCGUCGAUAAUGUCCAGGUUGAGGUGUAUUCGCUUCCCCAAUAUGACCAGCUGACUAGUCUGUUCGAUUCCUAUGACCUUAUGGCACAGGCCAGAGCAGCAAAUAGUGUCAUGUACAUAACUUUGCCCCGCUCAUCACGCUUGGUCGAGCUACGCAAAAGAAUCGCCAUCUGGAAGUCUGAAGGCUCCGAAAUCAUUGGUCCUGAGCGAGUUCGCUUCUGGCAAAUCGGGAACUCCUUUGCUCAACCUGGAUCCUCUUUGGCCUUCGAUCGCACUACCGAUCUGAAUGUACCUCUCGAUCCUUCAUUGAGUACCAUACGGUUUUGGAUGGAAAUUAUUUCGGAAGAGGACGCUCAAUUUUUCGCCAUUCCCGACCCUCCUACAGUCGCCACUUCGGAGGAUAAGCCAGACGAAGUUGCAGAAGAUCCAAUAACCCAGGCAUCUGAGGGUGUCUCAUCUACAGCCGAAGGCGAUGCUGUGGCCAGCUCAUCGGGAACUGCUUUGGAUGAACCUUCCGCUCCUUCCGACAUCGUGAAUCCCAUUGUGGAUACUACCAUCGAUGAUGGUUCACUGCCCGCACUAUCAACACUAGCCCCAGAGAAUGACACUGUCUCUGCUGAAGGGGACGCACCAGGAGCGUUGUCACCUGCUAUCUCGGUCCACGACCAACAGAACACGGCGGCCACCACAUCAACCUCAUCAACAGAAGGCCUAACCUCUGUUCCUGAAGCAUCUCGCAACGACGCGUCGAUACUACAGGCUAUAUCUCAAACGCAGGCCGAAGCUGAAGUCAAGCUGCCUGUUGGACACACAUACUACUUCAUUCAGAUGUUUGACGCGGACAAUCAAGUACUACGCACAGUGGGGUCGUUUUUUUCUAAGCUUGAUGCCAACGUCAAAGCUUCUAUUCGGCGCCAUUUGCAACGACCCCUUCGCCAGGACUUCCUCAUGUGGAAGCGCGUCGAUGGUGCCGCCGUUACUACAGUGUCGCCCGCUGACAGCUUUGAUGAUGUGGUUGCUCCGCACGGGGCAUGCUUCAUUGUCGGAGAUAAGUUAGCCAAGGAUAAGCGGUCUGAGCUUGCCUCUUCGGGUUUGUUCACCAGUCCCGACCGUCUAGUUCAGUACCUGUGGGCCGGUUCUCGAGGCCAUCCAAUCCAUGGUUUCACUGGGACUAAGACUAUUGAAGCCACCUUUACCAACGACUACUACAGUGGUGACUUCCUCAAGGGCUAUCAUCACGGAAGAGGCACGCAUAUAUCCGGCACAGGCAUGGUGUACGAAGGUGACUUCGUCUUCGGCCGACGUCAUGGCCAAGGCAAGCUGAAGUACCCCACUGGCGACUCAUACGAUGGUGACUGGAUCGAGGAUGUAUGCCACGGACAAGGUACCUACAUCGAAAAAACCACUGGUAACAAGUAUGUCGGUGGCUUCAAGGAUGGCAAACGACACGGCAAAGGCAUCAGCUACUGGGAGGUGGCCGACGCAGAAUUGGAUCUCUGCCAAAUUUGCUACACCGAGGAAAUGGAUGCUGUGUUCGCCGAAUGUGGCCAUCUGUGUUCCUGCGUGACAUGUGCGAAUCUUGUAAGCCUGUGUCCGAUGUGCCGCAAGGAGGUCAAAAAGGUGAUCAAGAUUUAUCGCGCAUAG